UAUCGUUAAAAAUCCAACAACAACAACAAUAGUUAUGGCUGCGCCCAUUGGAUAUAGAUUACCACCAAAGAGGCCUUUGGACAAAUGGUCUACACGUGAACGUCUCGCUCUAGCAUCUUCUGUAAAGAAAAGUGGGGACCAAAAUUGGGUGUCUGUAAGCAGAGCCAUCAAACCAUUCGUAGAAUCUUCCCGCCCAUCAGACUGGUUUUCACAGAAGAACUGUGCCUUGCAGUAUGCAGACCUUCUAGAAAAGGCAGAGACUCCAAAACGUAAGCGUGGCGAGAAGGGUGAACGAGAGGUGGUAGAGACACCAGCCAAUCAGAUUGUACGUAAACUGACAAUAGAAAGGAUCGAGGAGCUGAAGGAGGUUAUUCAGGAAGAGCAGCAGAGAUACAAAAAAUUGAAAAAAGAGGUUGAAGCAAUCAGAGCUGGCAAAUGUGAUGGAGAGAUUAAUGAAAUAUGGGAAAACAUGCAAGCGGAGAAAAAGGCAGCAGAAGAGAAGAGACUGGAAGAAGAACGAAAACUGGCAGAAGAUGCUGCUGAGAGAGCUAAAGCUCAAGCUUUACGUAAGAUGUCAGGUGGAAUACAUAGAACAUCAAGUACAUUUAGUUCAGUGUCAGAGAUGGAUGAAAGUACCCAGGAUUCCAUGCCAGAUACUCUAAAUGUAGAGACGACAGAUGAUGAGCUACCAACCACGCCCACUGUGAUUCAGCCAAUUACAAUAGAGAUUCCACAGUCUGCGACACAAGAUACAAAACCAGCUCCGCCCACUUCACCAUUACUAUCUUCCUUACUGCAGAGUAAACAGUUCUCUGUAGAUAGUUUGCAACAGAUCAAAGAUGAAGCAGAGGCAAACCAUGCUUUGAAGGCAGCCAAUCAGGCGGAAGCACUGCAGCAGUUGAUCAAUCAGCAGGCAGAUAAUGUGACACCUGACACUAUUCAAAAUACUACAGACGAGCAGCCGAGUAUGGAGGAUGUUGCCAUGGCAACACAUAUCAAGGUAGAGAAUGAAGUUGAAGUUAUAUCAGAUGUCAAAACAGAAGUAGAUGUUGAGUCAACAGAUCAAGUGAUAGAAGUGGAGAGUAUGGAUAUAAAGGAGGAAAUAGUAGAGUGUCAUGAUAUGGUUGUCGAGGAGACAAUAGAGGUCACAACACAUGAGAGUCCUGUCAAAACACAGCAACCUAAACAGGAAACUCCAGUUGUAGAGGAAGUUAAGGAAGUAGAAGAGACGGUUCCCCCAACAAGUUUUGUUGAUGAUGAGGUGUUGGUAAGAGAAGAUCCACCCUCACCAGCUAGUAGCAUCUCAUCACGAGUGAGUGAGGCAGGCAGUAAAUCUAGUUCUAGAAGAUCUAAAGGUGGUCGAGGAUCAGGGGGUGCAAGACGAGGAAGUAUAAGGUCAGCCCGGAGAUCUAACACUGAUGAUCUAAGUUCACGACCAAGUGAUGCUGAUACAACAGAUGAUGAUGGUGACUCAAGUAUUGUACUCCCUACCUCGGGUAACAUUGCUCUGUCAGAGUCGAUACCCAACAGUCCUCAUAGCUCUCACUGCUCUGACACUGAAGAUGAUAAGGCAUACAAGUCAUGGAAGAAAUCUAUCAUGUUGGUUUGGAGAGCUGCGGCUAAUCACAAGUAUGCCAAUGUUUUUCUCCACCCAGUAACAGAUGACAUUGCUCCUGGCUACUCUAUUGUUGUUAAAAGACCAAAGGAUCUGACCAUCAUUAAACGACAUAUAGAGAAUGGGACGAUCAGAACGACGUCAGAAUUCCAGCGAGAUAUGAUGCUGAUGUUUACAAAUGCCAUCAUGUACAACAAUGCUAAUCAUGAUGUAUACAGAAUGGCAAUAGAAAUGUACAACGAUGUUCUAGAACAUAUAGAGCAAUAUGUCAGCACUCAGCUAAUGGUUCAAAAUACAGAAGCCAAGUUACUCCGACCUACCAGGAGGAAUGAGAGUAGUGAUAAGGAGGAAGAAUCCAGAAGGCGGAGAACAUCAUCAGAAGCUGAGGGUGGAAAGUCAAAGAAACGAAAGUCACGAGCUGACGAAACUUGAAUAGUUUUUUUAUCCAUUUGGAAGGCUUCAGAUUUUUGAGGGGGUAUUAUAUCAGUAUAGGGACAGACUGUAUAGACUAAAAAAGCUGUGCUUGUUUUGGUUUAUUGAGGAUAUUAAAGCGCAAGUCACAGUUUUCAACAAAUCUGUGGAAUUAUAAAAUGCUAAGCAAAACUGGUGCUAGAUAAAAGGCAGAAGAGGUCUAAUUCAUAGAAUGUGGGUUUUUCUUUUUUCUGAUAACUGUUUUCAAAAUCAGGAUUCUGUCUACGUUUUUACAAAUACACUUUGUGUUUAAGACAGAUUUUUACUUUUGUUAUUCCUUAAUAUCAGAUAUAGAUAAAUCAGAUCAUAGUUUACAAGGAUAUUCAAAAUAUUCACCCCACCUGGUAGUAAGUAGCUUCAAAUUUAAGGCAAGUGAAAACCAUUUUUGAUGAAUGUGCUUUUGCCGUGAUGAUGUCCAUAUUAUGUUUAUAGGUACCAUAUUGAAUAAAAUUAAUAAUUUUAUAUUUUUCAUUGAAAUUCAUUCUGAAUUUUGAAUAGUUCCUUUAAUAGUUCAGGUAGUUUAUAUUAUAUAAAUGAUCAAAUUAUUACUUGUGACCUUUUUGAGAUUUUGGCAUCUUUUAAUAUGAAAUUAAGAAACUUACAAAGUGUACUGUAUAAUGUACCUGAGAUUGAAUCGGAGGAUGUACAAAAUUAGCUGGGACAGCGAUGAUACAAAAUGUGAAAGUAAAUGUAGAAUUAGAACCAAAUAUUAGAUUGAGGUAAAUCUCCUGUGAAAAAUGUAACCUUUAUUGAAUUUGUGAGAGAAAAAAACAGUCAGGAAAAACAGAAAUACCAAAAUGGGAAAGUAGAUAUGCGAAAUCACACACAAAAAAAUGUAGAAUUUAGUAUAGCAGCAUUAAAAAUAAGUUUAGAAAAUGUGCUAAAAUCAAGGUAAUGAGAAAUGUAAAAGGUUGAAAGGUUUUUGCUAUAGAUAUUUGAACUGUGAAAAUGCAAGAAAUAGGAAAUAUAGAAGUACCAGUCUGCUAAGAAAGACAGCAGGCUAAGGGUAUAUUCAUUGAUUGCAUGAUUUGAAGAUGAACAUUCUGUUACUGUGCAGUCAUAUUUGUUGGAGAGCGGACUUCUUUUGCUUAAAAGCAGAAAAAAUUCUGCAUUCAAGUGGGUUUGGUUGCAAAUUUUUGUACAAUUCCUUGUAGAAAUUUUCAGGCUUUGCAUUACUAGUUUUGUUCUGUUUUGUGUAAAGUGGGACACUCGUAUAUAGUGUAUGAAGGAUGGUAAUUAUAAAACAAGGCAAGCAAACUUUUUUGCCCAUUCAAAUAUUGGUUUGGACUGGGGCAUUUAGAUUGUUUGCUUUGAUGUGAAUGCAAUUUUUCAUACUGAUUUGUAUCUUUGCUGUUAAGGUCAGAUUUAUGUCUCCAUAUCUGUUACAAGAAAAGGUUGGUUUUUUAUCAGGAAACUGAUAACAAACUGUGUGGUAAUAAAACCAACAAGUUUGGAGACCAGUCUCAAACUUCCAGCAUCUGCCUGGUUGAUUUUGACCAGUAGCAAAUCUACAUUCUAUAGACAGCCUGCCCACUUUGUUCAGGGAGAGCACAGAUCUAUGGAACAUGGGGUUGUGAGUUCAAUCCUUGGGUAGGGUGUAUGUUCUUCGUGAUGAUUUGAUAAAAGACAUUGUGUCUGAAAUCAUUCAUUCUCCACCUCUGAUUCAUGUGGGGAAGUUGGCAGUUACUUUCGGAGAACAGGUUUUUACUGGUACAGAAUCCAGGAACACUGGUUAGAUUAACUGCCCACCAUUACAUUAUUGAAACAUUGUUGAAAACUGGUGCUACACCUAAAACAAACAUUCUGUAGACUGGUCUCCAAACUUAGUUUUAUAACCACUGACCAUGGCUUCUUUUUCAAGUUUUUCAAUACAGUCUGUGUUAAACCUGUGGUAUCUCCUGAAAUUUGAUUUUCUAAAUACUGGUAUUUUGUUUAACUUGACUGCCACAAUUGUGUUCAAACUGCCUGUAUGAUUCAAACAUUAACUGUUAUUUUCUAUGUCGAUAAUUAAUGUGGAUUUUGAAUAAAACAUUGGGCUGAUA